UUGCAAAAUUAACAAACGACGAUGCAGAAAACGCCAUCAACGAUUACAGCUGUGCAAACCGGAUUUGCGAAACUCUGAUUAAUCCCCAGAGAGCGAGCGAGAGAGAGAGAAGGAGAAAAGGAGAAAUCGUCGCUUCUCUGGAUCUCCUCUUUCAAGAUUCUUCUCCGUCUAUCGUCGUAGCUGCGUUUGUUUGGUCUUUUCUCCUAAAUAUUCCGUAUCUUCUUCUUCUUCUUCUCGGGGGAGUUUAUAGGUGUCCGGAGUGAGGUGUGAGUAAUUUGUGAAACAAUAAUAAUAAAAAAACAAAAUUUUGCGGGUCCUCCUCACUGCACAUGGAGUUACCAAGGAUUCGUUGAGCCAGGUCGAACAUUCAGUACAAACCGGCUUUGUGUGAUCUAAAGACCUACGGUAAUCGAUUCCAUUCAUGAGUAUUUUGUUUUGUAGCCAUAAAAUAUAGCCUAGGUUUUGAAGCUUUUGACAGACUUGCUUAAAGGGGACCAUUUUGUCCAAAAAUCCAAAACCUCUCUGUCUCGAGACUGAGGAGUAAAGAAUCUCGGUUUUCUGAUUUCUCUGUAACAUAUACUACUUUUAUAUUAUUAAAGUUGGUAGAGACAUGUUCUUUUGACCAUACGAUGAUUGGACUUUGGAGCUGCAAUGAUCGAGUUGUUGUCAUGGCAAUAAUUUGAGUUUGUCUCUCAUAACUCAGACGUUGCCUCUAUUGUGUAUAUAUAUAAAUUGUUGUUGUCACUUUCUACUGGGGGAUAGAGGUAUGGCUACGGGAGAGGAUCAGAUGCAAGCACCAAGCGGAUGUGAAGAAAAGAUUUAUGUUUCUGUUCGUCUGCGACCUUUAAAUGACAAGGAGAGGUUGAGGAAUGAUGUGCCUGACUGGGAGUGCAUCAACAAUUCAACCAUCAUUUACCGGAGCCAUCUUUCUAUCUCUGAGCGUUCCAUGUAUCCUUCUGCUUACACAUUUGACAGAGUGUUUGGCCCUGAGUGUUGCACGAGGCAAGUGUAUGACCAAGGGGCCAAGGAUGUGGCUUUCUCAGUUGUCAGUGGCGUUAAUGCUAGCGUCUUUGCAUACGGGCAAACAAGCAGUGGGAAGACGUACACUAUGAGUGGAAUUACUCACUGCACCUUGGUUGAUAUAUAUGACUACAUUGACAAGCACAAUGAAAGAGAAUUCAUUCUAAAGUUCUCUGCCAUGGAGAUCUACAAUGAGUCUGUAAGAGAUCUCUUAAGUACAGAUAGUAGUCCGCUCAGACUUCUAGAUGAUCCCGAGAAAGGAACAGUUGUUGAGAAACUCACAGAAGAAACUCUGCGAGACUGGAAUCAUUUCAAGGAACUCCUAUGUGUCUGCGAAGCUCAACGGCAAAUUGGCGAGACGGCUCUAAAUGAAGUUAGCUCCAGGUCUCAUCAGAUUUUGAGAUUGACAGUUGAAAGCACGGCUCGUGAAUUUUUCACCAACGAUAAAUUUAGUACACUAACAGCAACAGUGAACUUUAUUGAUCUUGCUGGAAGUGAACGUGCAUCUCAAUCUUUAUCAGCCGGCACAAGGUUGAAAGAAGGUUGUCAUAUAAACCGAAGUUUGUUAACGCUGGGAACUGUGAUCCGUAAGCUAAGUAAAGGAAAAACUGGGCACAUUCCAUUCAGAGAUUCAAAACUGACACGCAUACUUCAGUCUUCCUUGGGAGGAAAUGCCAGAACUGCCAUAAUUUGUACCAUGAGUCCUGCAAGAAUCCAUGUUGAGCAAUCAAGAAAUACACUGUUAUUUGCUAGCUGCGCAAAGGAAGUGACAACAAAUGCACAAGUCAAUGUUGUCAUGUCUGAUAAAGCUUUAGUAAAACACUUGCAGAGGGAGCUGGCUAAAUUGGAAAGUGAAUUGAGAAGCCCUAGUCAGCCUUUGAUUGCUUCUGACUCAACUGCAUUACUGACAGAGAAGGACCUCGAGGUUGAAAAGCUAAAGAAAGAGGUAGUCCAACUAGCACAACAGCUAGAGCAAGCUCGUUCCGAGAUUGAGGAUCUUCGACGAAUGGUUGGAGAAGAAAAGCAACGAGAAAAAGAGACACUAUCAACAGAAUCAGUAGAGGUGCUGCUGGAACAUCAAUACCCCAAGCUGCGGGUGCGCAGUGCGUGGGACUCUGAGAAUACAACACCAUUAAGCCCUAUAUCAGCUCACCGUUCCAGUCUGUCUCCACGAUCAACAGAAUACAGCUAUGAAGAGAACGUCUUCCAGCUUUCAGAUUUCAGGAUAGAUUCUGGGUCAAGUAGUCCAUUUCAACAGGUUGCCUUUGUGACUCCUUUCCCUAAGGUUUUUCCAAAUAUUCACGGGACAGAAAACAAAGACCAAUCUCAGGUUCACAUAGAGGAAAUUGCAGAUCAACCUCAUCUUCAGGAGGAACUGCUUAAUGUAAUGGCUGAACAGACUGAUGGAAAUUCUGAGGAUAACUGCAGGGAUGUUCAAUGCAUAGAAACAGAGAAGUCGAAUGUCAUUAUACAUCCAGAGGAAAAUAUUCCGGAGAGCAUUCCAGACAGAUACGAUGCUGUGAAUGCAGAAGAACCAGUAUGUGCGACAAAGACAAAUAACUUACGACCGCCCAUAGAAGCUGAAGGGGAAGAAAAAGAAGAAGAAGAAGCUGAAGCUGACGACGAAGAAGAAGAAGCUGAAGCUGAAGAAGAAAGGGUAAAGGACUUCAGUGGUGCCCCUACUCCACCAAAACAAGAAAACAAACUCAUCAAACCUCCAUGCUGUGAUUUCAAAUCUUCUCCUGGUGAGUUUGAUACAGACAUGCCUAACCUUAGUAGAAACCCCAUGCCUCCAGCGCUUAUCACUCCCUCUCCUGAAAAGCAUUUCCCUUGGCAUACCGAGAGAGAUUCACAAGCGGUCAGAGGCAUGAAACUGAUUAGAAGCCAAAGCUGCAGAGCAAGCGUGUUAUCGAGCUCAUCCUCCUCUUGGUUUGAGAAAGAUGCUGAUACACCGCCAAGCUGGUACGACAAAGAAUUUGUUAAAACAGCUGAGAGAAACGUGGCAGUGUGCGACAUCAAGAAUGAGAGGUUGUUGCAGGAGGAGUUUGGCGGUAGGAGCAAGGCAACAACCUGGCUCGAGAGAAGCCUGAGUGACACUGAAACUGCGCAUGCUGCGUCACAUGGUGUCAGUAACGAAGUUUCAUCACCGUCCCGCCCCUCUGAUGUUUAUGUGUUUGAGAUUCAGGCAAGUGGUAGAGAUUCAUCCAGCCAGGACAAAACAGAGGAGACUGCUGCUCAGAAAGACAAGCGAAUCAUUCAUCGUUCGAUGGAAGAAAUAGAACAAAACUUCUUGGCCUUGACCUUGAGUUCGACAAAGAGUUUCAAAGACGCUGCAUUGGACCCAAUACAAGACUACUUAGACACGCCUUUGAAUUGGCCGGUGGAGUUCAAGAGGCUACAGAGGGAGAUAAUAGAGCUGUGGCACACGUGUAACGUCUCCAUUGCCCACAGAAGCUACUUCUUCCUUCUGUUCAGAGGAGAUCAGAAAGAUUGCUUGUACUUGGAGGUUGAACUCCGUAGACUAAAGUACAUCAGAGACUCUUUUGUCCAAAAUAGCAAAGCCAGCGACGAUGGACACAAUAAUCUGACCCUAAUCUCCAGCACGAGGGCGUUGACGAGGGAGAGGUUUAAGCUGAGCAAGCUGAUGCAGAGGAAACUAUCGAAAGAAGAGAGAGAGAACUUGUUCUUGAGAUGGGGCAUUGGGCUGAACACAAGGCACAGGCGGGUCCAGCUGGCGCACAGGCUCUGGUCGGAUUACAAAGACAUGGGUCAUGUCCGAGAGAGCGCCUCCCUCGUUGGUAAGCUCCAUGGAUUCGUGGACACGAACUUGACUUCCACGGAGAUGUUUGGCAUCAACUUUGCUUUCAGACCACCUCGCCCCAAGAAGUCUAGUCUUUGGAAACGCAGCGUUUUGUCCCUAUCCUUUUUGUAACAUGUAAACUACUAAUAAAUCACACGAUACCAAAAAAUAAAAAAAGAAUGCUCACAAAUCACAAUCUAAUC